AUGCGCAAUAUUGGCCCGCUCGCGGCUGUGCUUUGCGUCUUGUGGACUGCCCAGCCCGGCCUGGCUGGUCCGUUGAAAUGGACGGGCAGGAUAGUUCCACGAGGCAACUCGACCUCACUCACCACCUCCGAGACUUCCUCGGUCCCGACAACCGCAGAAAGCUCGAUCGCCAACUCAGACAGCAGCAGCAGCGGCGCUUCGGGCUCUACUCCGCGACCUAGCUUCACGACCUUGACGGACUCCAUCUCGAUCCCCUCGUCGCUGCUCACAGCCACAAAAAAGGUUGCCGACUCGUCGGCGGCGGCGACACAAGCCUCGACUUCUGUGCCCUUGGUCGUCAUUCCCAUCGACGGGAGCGGAUCGACCACCGUGCCGGCGACGACAUCAUCAACGGGCUUGGGAGGCACUGGUUCUGGCACUGCGUCCACUCCUGCGACGACGUCGACGGGGCGUUUCGCAAAUACCACGUCUGAUGCCGCUUCUGCGCCCGCAACGGGAUCAACGACCGGCACCCCCUCGGAGUCAUCUCAGCCAACAAGGCAGUCUUCGACGACUGGUACGCCAACGGGUGACACCACCGCACCGGCGUCCGAGACUAACACGCCCCGACCGACGUUCGUGACACCGUCCGUCACGAUCCCCAAGAUCACCGCAGGGAAGCCGCUGUUCACCAACUCCAGCACCACGGCAUCGACGCGAACCCCGGCCGACUCUUCUCCCGUUGCCAGUGCGCCGACGACGAGUGAUCCCCUGACGGCGACGAACGGCGUCACGCAGACCGGGCCUGGGAUCCCUUCUUCGGACGUGGACGCGCCAGGAACCCGCGACUCUUCGCUGCCACCGUCCUCCUCGGUGCCUCCAGAGGGCGGCUCGACGGGCGUUCCCACUGUCGUCCUCCCCGCGCCGACGCAUACCACGCAGACGCAGACGCACCCCCAGCUGACGACGACCACUGCACAACUACCGACAACGACGACUCAGCCGCGUACGCCCACCAGCAGCACCUCCUCUUCGCCCGCACCGCCCAACUCCUCGGCAGCAUCACCUCCAUCCUCUCCGACAGCAACGCGGCCCACCACAUCCUCAACCACAACCAUCACCGUCCACCCAACCGGCGCCCCCAACACCGCCCUCCCCACCGCCCUGCCCGCCUACCCAACCGCCACGACGAGCGUCCCCCUGAGCGUCUACCAGGACAACCUCGCGCAGGCGCGCCGCCUCAACGACGUCUACGCCUCGCUCUCCCCCUCGUCCGCCUGCUCCGCCGGCCAGGUCGCGUGCAUCCAGGGGCAGAUCGCGCGGUGCGGCGCCACGGGGGGCGCGUUCGUCCUCGAGCCCUGUGGGAGCGGCGAGCGCUGCUUUGCGUUUCCGAUGACGAGCGUGCCGGGCGCGUCGAUUGGCUGUCGGGGUUUGGACGAGGCGAGGAGGAUAUUGGGUGCGGGGGCGGUCGGUGGUGGUCAGGGGUCGACGACGACGACGACCUCCGCGGUGGGAGUGACGACGACAACAACGACGAGGAGCAGCAAGCCUGCUCGCCCGGUGGUCACCAUGACGACAGUCGUGACCGUCGUGGACAGCCCAUCAUCCUCAUCACCCGCUCCGCCGCCGCACCCCUCAACACCCAGCUCAUCCACUCCCGCCCCCGUCCCAACCCGCAAGACCACCACCACCACCACCUCCUCAACAUCUACAUCAACACCACCUCACCACCCCCCUCCCGCCUCGCCGUCCACCUCCUCCCCGCCUCCCGCCCGCAUCACCAUCACCCAGUCCAUCGACCGCUCCCCGCCCACCAACACCUUCAACGACCCCCCGCCGCCGAACCCGACCUCGCUCGUCCUCCGCCCUCUGGAUGGCCCCUCGCCCUCCGCCGGUGGUGCGCGGGCCAGCGACAAGGCCAACUCCCCUGGUGGUGGUGGAAACGGUAGCGGCGGUGAACGCACCACGCAGGUCGUUGACGGGACGCCCACCGUGAGCGUCUACUUCACUGUGACCGUCACGGAAAAGGAGCGCGAGACACAGACGCAGACGCAGACGCAGACACAGACUGUCACCCUCAUCGUGCCCGCGUCCAGCUGA